CCAGUUAAUAGCAGAGGCAGUCGCAAACAAUUGGUAGUUCUCCAACAUGUCUCUAUACUUCCUUAGCCCCGGCCCCUCUGCAUGCCCUCUGGAAUAUCACCCAGCUUCCAACCAUGCCCUGCCUCCACGCUCAUCACGAAUCCGGUGCACGCUCAACAAUGAUGAAAAGCAAAGCCCGUCGUCAUCAUCACCCAUUACAGUGGACCGGCGUGACAUGCUGCUCGGCCUUGGCGGCCUCUACGGAGCAACAACGGGAAUGAAUGCCCGUGCAAACCCUAUCAUGCCACCAGAUCUCAACGAAGGGGCUGCAUGCAAGAUAGCAGUGGAAGAUAACUUCCCACCUGGCUCGGAUUUUCUCAAAUGCUGCCCGCCGUAUCAGGGCGACACGACUCUGGUGGUCACUGAUUACACCUUCCCAAAAACGCCCCUGCGCGUGCGUCGCCCUAUUCAGGAAGUCGUUAACGACUCCGAGUACAUGGAGAAAUUUAAGACAGCCAUUAAGAAGAUGAAGGAACUCCCUCCGACUGAUCCUCGCAACUUCAUACAGCAGUCAAAGAUCCACUGCGCUUACUGCAACGAGGCGUAUCCCCAGAAUGGUGACGUUAAUGCCACCAUCUCGGUGCACAACAGCUGGAUCUUUCUCCCAUGGCACCGUUAUUAUCUUCAUUUCUUUGAGCGUAUUCUUGGGAGCCUCAUUGGGGAUGACACCUUCGCUUUGCCUUACUGGAACUUUGAUAACCCGGAUGGUAUGACCAUACCUACUAUUUACACCGACCAAAACUCAUCGUUGUACGACACUUACCGUGACACAAGCCACUACCCACCAAAGAUAGUGGACUAUAAGUAUAAAUAUACAGAUACAGACGUGACUGAUGAUGAUCUUAUAGCCGAGAACUUGGCGUAUAUGAGGAAGACGUUCAAGGAGGGGGUGCCGUUGCCGGAGCUGUUCAUGGGCGACCAGUUGAGAGCUAUGGAAAAUCCUUCACUCACUUCGCCUGGGCAGUUGGAGGUCAUCCAUAACUCCAUUCACAUGUGGGUUGGGGAGAGGGAGUUACCGCACAGGGACAUGGGAACCUUCGUAACUGCUUCCCGUGACUGCAUCUUCUAUGGCCUGCAUGCGAAUGUCGAUAGGUUGUGGUCCUUUUAUCGGGCUCUGCGAGGCAACCGCCUCGAGUUCAAAGAUAAUGAUUGGCUCGAUGCAACCUUCGUCUUCUACGAUGAGGAAAAGCAGGUGGUCAGAUGUAAGAUAUCAGACAGCCUCAACACUUCGAAAAAUGUGCUACACUUAUGCAGAGUCCACUGCACCAUGGCUGGGCGCGGUGCCCAAAAAGAAGACGAAGGCCAAGGCCCCAGGCUCCAUAGUGCAAGUGAACGAGUUCGGCGUUGAGCGCAAGGAGCUUGACAAGCCCAUCCAAGUGCUGGUGAAGAGGCCGAAGAAGAGCCGUAGCAAGUCCGAGAAGGAGGACGAGGGCGAGGUCUUAUACAUCAGUGACAUCAUCGUUCCCGAUGGCAGAAAGGCACGCUUUGACGUCUACAUCAACGCCCCAGCAGCCCCUGGCCGCGCUGCUGCUGACUAUGGUGAAUUCGUCGGUAGUUACGUCAAGCUCCCGGAGACGAGUCAAGCUGCAAAGGCUUCCAAAGACAAGAAAAGGUUACUCAAAGUGGGGAUCUCCAGUGCUAUUGAGGAAGGUGAGUUUGAGGACGCCGAGAGUAUCGUGGUGACCAUCGUGCCACGUUUCGGCAGUGUGAGCAUUGGCAGUGUGUUUAUUAAACUUAUCAAAACCGAUGUGAACUCAGUUUAGAUGUUCACUAUGUAUAUGAAUAGCGCGGCAGAUCUUAGCUUAAAAUAAGCCGCGAUGAAUGCUUUUGCUUGCACGCCUUGAUGUUUUUAAUGAUGAGAAUAUUGUCGUGUUUUCAACUGUUCUGAUCUA